AAAAUAAAACAAAGCUAAAACCCUCACUCGCAGUCUGGUCGAUUUCUAGGGUUCUGCCCCAUCUCACCUCUCACUAGCUUUGACACGUACUCAGCUUUCUCUAAGGUUUGCUCUGGAUAAUUGUUGAAGCGACUGGUGAAAUGGAUUGUUGAUUUCUUAUUUGUUAGAGAACAGAAGUCUUGUGGAAACCUGCAGAAAUGAGCUUGAUCUUGAGACUAAGGAAUCAUUUGCCUAAUGGGCUUUGCAGAAGACCCUUUAUCUCUGCACUCGGAACACUGAAUCCGGGUGGUUUAAAUGGGUUUUAUCAGAGCUUUAGUCAGCCUGCAAGGAAAGAAGAGGAGGAGGAAGAAGUGGAGUAUGAUCAGAGGAGACUCCCGGCUGAUUAUGAUCCAGCAACGUUUGAUCCUACAGAGCAUUGUAGUCCUCCCACGGAGCGUGUAUUUAGGCUCGUAGAUGAAAUAUCAUCUCUCACACUGGCUGAAGUUGCUGAACUAGGUUUGAUUAUCAUGAAGAAAAAGGGAAUGAAGAUGCCACCUACUGUGGGAGUCAUGAAGCCAGGAGCUGCUGCAAUAGGAUUGGCAAUGAAAGGACCAGCAGCAGCUAAGGAGGAGAAGAAAGUAGAAAAGACUGUAUUUGAAUUGAAGUUGGAGUCCUUUGAGGCAGCUUCGAAAAUAAAACUGAUCAAGGAGGUAAGGAGCUUCACUGAUUUAGGCCUCAAGGAAGCAAAGGAUUUAGUGGAGAAGGCACCAUCGGUGUUAAAGGCAGGCGUGUCAAAGGAGGAAGGAGAGCAACUCGUAGAGAAGUUGAAAGCUCUUGGAGCGAAAGUUGUUCUUGAGUGAUAUAAAAUACUUGAUCCAUUUGUAAUCCUCUACGAGAACUUUGUGAGAUUAAUUAACGUUUCUUGGGAAACACCAGGCCACCAGCUUUCUGGAAUUUUAUCAAUCCAAAUGAAACACAUCUCAGGUGUUCUCCAAUUGUUUGAAGUUGAGAAAGUUGCUCAAGAUUGAUUUCCUAUUGUACUGAUAUCUG